GGUAUAGAGGAGUGGAACAUCGGCCACCUCAACUCCAUCCUGGAUGUGAUUGAAGAGGACUGUGGUGUUUCUAUCCAGGGGGUGAACACACCCUACCUGUACUUCGGCAUGUGGAAGACCAGCUUCUCCUGGCACACUGAAGACAUGGACCUUUAUAGCAUCAACUACCUGCACUUUGGAGAGCCCAAGUCCUGGUAUGCCAUCCCCCCUGAGCAUGGGAAGAGACUGGAGAGACUGGCUACAGGUUUCUUCCCCAAUGGGUUUAAAGGGUGUGAGGCUUUUCUCCGUCACAAGAUGACCCUGAUCUCCCCUUCUAUCCUGAAGAAGUACAGCAUCCCCUUCGACAAGAUCACCCAGGAGGCAGGAGAGUUUAUGAUCACCUUUCCGUAUGGUUACCACGCUGGCUUCAACCACGGCUUCAACUGUGCCGAGUCGACCAACUUCGCUAGUGUCCGAUGGAUCGACUACGGCAAGGUGGCCACUCAGUGUACAUGCAGUAAAGACAUGGUGAAGAUCAGCAUGGAUCCCUUUGUGAAGUGGUUCCAGCCGGACCGCUAUGCUGUGUGGAAGCUGGGGAAAGACUCCUGUCCUCUGGACCACACCCGAGCCACGCCCGCCACCACCCCAGAACUGCAGAACUGGCUCCAGCGCAGCCGGGUCAAGACCCCUGUGAACAGCAGCCUCUCACACCCACGGACCAGAUCCAAGCGUCUGAGGACCAGCGAGGAGCCUGUUGCCUUGGAGGGGUGCUCUGUCCUGGGUAGGAGGAGGGGCCUCGGAGGCACCCUGGGCCCCAAGGUCCGGAGAGGCUGCAGGGCUGGGGAGGAUGAGGACGAUGAGGAGGAAGGAGAGGGUCAGACUGAGAAUACACUCCGGCUCCCUGGUCCUUGUCGGCAGAUGUGUGUGGUGAAAGUCAACAGAAUGGAAGUGGAGAGUGACCGGUUGGCCUUCCCCUGUCCUCCUGAACCUCUGCGCCCCUCGUCUUUCACCUCUCCCUCACCCUCUUCCAACUUCUCUUCUCGCCCCUCUCCCUCUCUGACCCCUGUCUCAGUGGACACCACAGAACAAGGGACAGGGGCGGGGACUCACCCUUCACCCCAUCUGCAUCCCACUAACCCCCCACAGAACCCCUCAGGGUCAGAGUUCGCAGAGGUCAUUAAAGGACCCCAUCAGAGGUCCGAGGCUGCCCCUACACCUGCCCGAUCAGAAAGAAGAGAAAUCCCCGGAGGACCGUUUAAGUCAGUAUGUAUAGAAUUGACUCCACUGGGACUGGUUCCCGAGGACUGCUCUGUGGAUGUCCACCCCUCUCCAGACCCCUUACGGACCAGGUUACCUUCCCCCCAGAACGGUGCACCCGACUGGGGCUCAGGGGUGUACGGACUCGGCCUGUGGCCCUGGAGCUUUUCAUUCAAGUUCUUCAGCCCAGUCACACCUCUGAAAGCAAAACACCAGCACUUUACAAUGACAUUUACACGAAUACUGACUCCCGGGUCCAGAGGACGUGUUAUUUCCAACUCUAGUUCUGGUUCUGGUCCAGCUAACUUGUUCAGGUGUAGUGAAAAAAACUGCACUCCCGUUGAAAACCGUUCCUCUCUCCCUAUGUGUACUACACACAACCGUGUCCCCGUACAAAACCCUUCCCUUCUUCCGAGGUGUAGUUUACGAGACUGUUGCCCUCCUUUCCUCCAGAGGAACAACGGGGUGGACAUGCCUUUCCUCACUCCAGAACUGUCUGGAGAGACCAGGUUCUGCCCUCCCCUGCCGCCCGUUCUCACCCAGGAGAUGCCCUCCCUCACACUCGCCGUCAGCGGAGGUCACGCCGAGAUCAAAGGUCCGAGGUCGUCGUCGUCGUCCUCCUCCUCCUCGACUGGCCGACACGGUGGUGCUCUAACCUUACCGGAUUUGCCGGGCAGUCACCCGGUCCUCGCCCCCGUGCUCCGACGCGAGACACCCACGACCCUCUCGCCAGGAACGGAGACGUUAACGGACGAGGAGUUGGCGUCAAAGAAGUUGGAGGAAGAGGAUUUUCCACCGUUGGCGCCUUACAGAGACUGGCGCUUGGGUUCUGCUGAAGACCACCAUAGACCAGAGCUGGAUUUACAGUUAGCGGCUUACGUGGCUAAUGCAACUAGCAAUGCUCGGCCCAAAAUGGCCGCCUCUGAUCACAAAAUGGCCCCCUCUCGGCACUCUGGUCCUACUGAAGACCACCACCAUAGGCCAGAGUUGGAGUCACAGGUAGCAGCUUACGCGGCGGCUAGUGCAACCAGCGACGCUCAACCCGAAAUGGACGCCUCUCUGCACAAAAUGGCCGCCGACGCUUCCCAUCUAGAAACACUACCAAUCCAAACAUCGUCUGAGACGGUGCUGACCACCGACAACCACUGUAGUCGAACCUCCGCGGAGACCCAUGCUAGCAAUAAUAACCACAUGCUCUGUGACGUCACACUACUGCCAACGCAGCAAAUCCAGAAACGCGGGUCCUCGACGGCAACCGUAUCCAUGGACUCCGACUCAGAAGGACCCUCUCAAAGAGACGAUGUAUUUAGAGACUCCAGUACUCAGGGUUUAUAUCUAGCUAGCGCCAGUUUGACUUCUAAAGAUACGUUGGCCCACUCGUCUGAGCUGAGUGAAUUGAAUGACCAUUCAGCAACAGUACAACGCCAACACAACCGUGACCAAACUCCACACUCAAACAUGGAUGCCGUUUGUAGUUCCCAAAACCUGGAUUCCAUUUGUAGUUCCCAAAACGUGGAUUCCAUUUGUAGUUCCCAAAACGUGGAUUCCAUUUGUAGUUCCCAAAACGUGGAUUCCAUUUGUAGUUCCCAAAACGUGGAUUCCAUUUGUAUUUCUCGAAACGUGGACUCUGUUUGUAGUUCCCAAAGCCUCUACCUGGAGCCCAAACCUUUCUCAGAUGGCAUCUGGAAGAACCUCAACUCCCAGAGUCCUGCGGUGCUCAUCGAGAGCCUCCACCACCCGGAGCUCCCCGCCGACUAUACCCACGAUGCACUACCUUACACCAUGUGGACCGAGCCGCAGUGCAAAGAGGUCACGGACCUCGAUCACGAAACUGAGACGGACGACCAGGACCCGGAGGGACAUGGGGACGGGCCUCUCACCUGGGCCCAGCUGGAGUCCACCUCUCUGGGGUCGGCCGGUGUCGGGGAGCCCCUGGGCCUCUGUGGAGAGUUUGAGCUCCAGAGAGGGGAGGUGGAGGCAGCAGAAGCCCUGGCUCUGUGCAGGGAACUGGGGGUGGAGAGGGAGGCCGAGGGGGCUCUAGAACCUGACCCUCCCGAAUCGCCCUUGGAGGAGAGACCGGGGGAAGGGGAGGUGUCAGAUAUGGAAGGGGGAGAUUCGGAGGAUGAGGGGCAGAGCAGCACGAGGGAGGAGAGUAGUAGUGAGUCAUCGGAAGGAGAGGCUGAAGAAGAGGAAGGGGAGGAAGACUAUGAUAAUGAUUUGAGCGACUUUGAGUGUGGCGACUCAGGGCUGGAACCUGGAGAGGUUUGCACUUACCCUGCUGCUCCGCUGGUAAAGAGAACCAGUAAGAGCUGGCGUCGCCCUCUGAGGAAGCCCACCGCCCGGGCCGUGCCCUCCACUGUCAAACAACAGGCUGUCAGCGACGACGAACCCCCAGAUGCAUCUUUGAUGGAGGGGGAGGAGCAGGAGGCUGAGCCAUGGGCUAAGCCCCUCCUCUUCCUGUGGCAGAACAGGAAGUGUUACUUCACGGCGGAGAGAGAGUACAACGCUAACGCAGCCAAGAUGUUGCCGCACUGCGCUGUCUGCACACUGUUCAUGCCCUACUACCAGCCAGAGGACAGAGCUGACCGCCUCAAGCCCGUCCCCUCCUCCCCUCCCCCGUCUCCCACCACCUCCAGGACUAGAGGAGAACCAGGGGGUCUGAGGAGGAGCAAGCCCCUGCUACCAGAGAUCUGUUUCAGCUACAGGGAGCAGACGUGCCCCCCUACCCCCACCAACGCCCUGCUGCAGGAGGACGGCACCAGCCCGCUGAUCACCUGUCAGGGGUGCUGUCUACAGGUUCACGCUAGUUGCUAUGGCGUUGCCGCUGAUGAUGUCAGCGAGGACUGGUCGUGUGAUCGCUGUGCGGACGGAACCUUGGCGGCUGAGUGUUGUCUGUGUAAUCUAAGAGGAGGGGCUCUGAAAAAAACUACAGAUGACAAGUAA